ACUGUAUCGACGCAUUACGACAACUUUUGUUGACGGCCCUGCCUUGUCUAUGGGAGUGUUUCUUCGUAUUGAAUUUGUGAGGAAAUAUUUUAUUUUCAGUGAUUUAACAAAUACUAAUACGAUUUUCGCAUGACAGUGAAUAAAAUACCCAUUUGAAAUGGCGUUGGAGGGUGUAAAAAGUGAAAAAAGUGAGGAAAACAAUGGCAAUGUGCCAGAAGGCAAGGCGAACGGAAUCGACAACAAAAGUAAACAGAUAGACCCAAACACAGCCUUCUUGAGGGCCGCACGCGCCGGUCAACUCGAUACUGUCGUCGACCUGCUGGACUCCAGCGCCGUUAAAGACAUCAACACAUGUAAUUCUAACGGGUUGAAUGCUCUACAUCUAGCUGCUAAAGAUGGACACAUUUCAGUAGUCGAAGAGCUUCUCAAACGUGGCGCAAUCGUCGAUGCCGCUACAAAAAAAGGAAACACAGCACUACACAUAGCAUGUCUGGCGGGGCAGGAGUCAGUUGCGCGGGCGCUGCUGGCGGCCGGCGCGAAGGCAGAUGCACAGUCGGCCGCCGGAUUCACACCUCUGUACAUGGCGGCGCAGGAGAAUCAUGCCGGUUGCGUCAAGAUGCUGCUGGCAGCUGGCGCCAGCCAAACUCUAGCUACCGAGGAUGGCUUCACACCUCUAGCAGUAUAUUGGGGCAAUGACGACACAAGAGGCAAAGUCCGGUUGCCGGCAUUACACAUAGCAGCUAAAAAGAACGACGUGAAAGCAGCCACAUUAUUAUUAGAGAACGAACACAACCCAGAUGCAUGUUCGAAGUCCGGUUUUACUCCCCUCCACAUCGCCGCACACUACGGCAACGUUGGUGUGGCAAAGUUUUUCGCAUGCAAAUGGGGACAACUCGCCAUUUCAAUUAAUCUGCUCGUCGAGAAUGGUGCUAACAUUGCGGCUGUUACCCGUGAUGGCUUGACACCAUUGCAUUGCGCAGCUCGCUCUGGACACAGUAACGUGGUAUCACGGCUGCUACAACACGGUGCACCCAUCACUAGCAAAACGAAGAACGGUCUCACCCCUCUCCACAUGUCCGUGCAAGGCGAACACGUGGAGACGGCGAAAGUUCUACUCACAGAAGGUGCACCCAUCGAUGACGUCACCGUCGACUACCUUACAGCAUUACAUGUCGCGGCACAUUGUGGACACGUUAAGGUUGCAAAGUUAUUACUUGAUCGAAAUGCGGACGCAAACGCUCGCGCGCUCAAUGGAUUCACACCACUUCACAUUGCCUGUAAGAAGAACAGACUCAAAGUUGUCGAGCUUCUACUCAAAUAUGGAGCCAGCAAAUCAGCGACGACGGAGUCAGGUCUGACGCCGCUGCACGUGGCAUCGUUCAUGGGAUGCAUGAACAUCGCCCUCGUGCUGCUAGGUGCGGGCGCUGAAGCAGACGCAGCUACAGCACGCGGCGAGACGCCACUGCAUUUGGCUGCCCGCGCUCACCAGACCGACCUCGUGCGUGUGCUACUCAGAAACGGUGCUAAGGUGGAGGCGCGCGCGCGCGAGGAGCAGACGCCGCUGCACGUGGCGGCGCGGCUCGGGCACGCCGACAUCGCGGCGCUGCUGCUGCAGCACGGCGCGCACGCCGCCGCCGCCACCAAGGACCACUACACGCCGCUGCACAUCGCCGCCAAGGAGGGAAAAGAAGAGGUAGCGUCCAUUCUUCUCGACCACAAUGCACCAAUCGAAGCAGAAACCCGUAAAGGCUUCACGCCACUGCACUUGUCCGCCAAGUACGGCGACAUCGGCGUCGCUCGCUUGUUGUUGUCUCGUGGUGCACAGCCUGAUGCACCAGGCAAGAGUCACAUCACUCCGCUACACAUGGCCACCUACUACGGACACCCGGAUAUAGCUUUACUGCUACUCGAUAAAGGUGCAUCUCCACACUCUCUCGCCAAAAAUGGUCACUCCGCGCUUCACAUCGCCUGCCGACAUAACCACCCCGAUAUCGCUUUCGCACUACUCGAACAUGAUGCGGACCCAAGUGUCAAGUCAAAGGCAGGUUUCACACCACUGCAUAUGGCUGCUCAAGAGGGUCAUGAGGAUUGCGUCGAAAUGCUCAUAGAACGAGGUGCUGAUGUAAAUGUUCCUGCUAACAAUGGUCUGACAGCGGUGCACCUGGCGGCGGGCGAGGGCCGCGCGGGGGCGCUGGCGGCGCUGCUGGCGGCCGGCGGGCAGUGCGGCGCGCGCACCCGCGACGGGUACACGCCGCUGCACGCCGCCGCGCACCACGGACACCUCGCCGCCGCGCGCGCGCUGCUGCAGGCCCAGGCCGACGUCGGCGCCAGGGCCGCGCACGGGUUGACACCUCUGCACCAGGCGGCUCAACAAGGCCAUACUCUCAUCAUUCAACUGCUUCUGAAAAACAACGCUGAUCCUAAUGCAUUAUCCGCUAACGGACAGACUGCCUGCGCCAUCGCGGACCGGCUGGGUUACAUCAGCGCUGUGGAAGCACUACGACCUGUGACCGAAAAUACACUCAGUCAAGCUGUUGGCGAUACUGGUGGCUUGGAGGGCAAAUACAGAGUCGCCGCUCCUGAGCUCAUGCAGGAUACCUUCAUGAGCGACUCUGAAGACGAAGGAGGCGAAGUAGAGUGUCCAAUCCAGCAACAGCAACAGUACCGCUACAUGAACAGCGAGGCGGGCACGCUGCACCGGGCGAAGCCGCUCGAGGACAGCGUCACCGACGGUCACCUGUGGCCCAGCAACAAUGACAAGAAAGUGGCCACCAUCGACCGCCAACCGCUCGACAUCGGGUUUCUGGUGUCGUUCGUGGUCGAUGCCCGUGGUGGAGCUAUGAAAGCAAAGCGUCGCGGUGGUGUCCGCAUCAUCGUACCGCCAGCCGCCUGCGCCGCACCUACACGCGUCACAUGCCGUGCGGCGACUCGCAGAGCACCGGCAGCGGCGCCGCCGCCGCUAAUGGAGGGCGAGGCGUUGGCUUCAAGACUAUUGGAGUUGCAACCGCAAGGAGCCAAGUUCUUGGCUCCAGUAGUGAUUGAAGUACCCAUCUUCACAUCUUCAUGCCCCGAACGCGAGAUUGUGAUCCUACGAUCCGACACUGGUGAAACCUGGCAAGACCACUAUCUGCACAGCAAUGACAACCCUAUGAUACAGGAGGCACUGCAAAAGGAAAGACAAGAACACGGCAACAGCGGCGAGACAUUGGGCGAGAACGGCGAGCGUGUAACCCGCAUCAUCACGUGCGACUUCCCCCACUACCUGGCGGUCGUAUCUCGCAUACGGCAGGAGGUGCACAUCAUCGGCCCAGAAGGAGGCACCGUCUCCAGUGCUCAUAUACCACAGGUGCAGGCGCAGUUCCCGGCGGCGGCGCUGACGAAGCGCAUCCGCGUAGGGCUCCAGGCGCACGGCGCGGCCGCAGCGCUGCAGCGCCGCGCGCUGGGCCGGCGCGGGGCGGCGUCGCCCGUGCUCACGGUGGAGCCCCGCCGCCGCAAGUUCCACCGCACCAUCACCCUCACCGUGCCGCUGCCGCUCCACUCGGGCGGCGCGGCGGAGAAACCCCCCACGUCGAGCCUGCGGCUGCUGUGCUCCAUCAUGGGGGGGCAGGCCCGCGCCGUCUGGGAGGACGUCACCGGCUCCACGCCCCUCACCCUCACAGAGGACUGCGCCUCCUUCACCACCACGGUGUCCGCCAGGUUCUGGUUGAUGAACUGUCAGAACGUCAGCGACGCAACAAAGUUAGCCACCGAAUUAUACAGAGAGAUGCUGGUGGUGCCGUUCGAGGCACGCGUGGUGGUGCUCGGCAAGCGGCUGGAUGCACUGGAAGGCCGCCUGCUCGUGCUUUACAUUACCGAUAGAUACGCUUACGACACACUGCUUCAUCAGGAACACUACACGGAAGUGGCACACUCGACGUCGGUCCGUUUCCUGGACGGCAAAGAAGUAUACCUAGAAUUCUCGGGAAACCUCAUUCCAGUUACUAAAUCUGGCAGCCAGCCUAUGUUGACAUUCGAGGCAUUCAAAGAUAACCGCGUCGAGUUCACGGUGCGCGUGAAACACCAUGAGGAGAGUCCCUCCGGAAGAAUUUACUUCAUGAACGAACCCAAGGUGCCCAAGGGCGAGCAGUCACAGACUCCGGCGUGCGUACUGGAUGUGCAGCUUCCGGACAGCAUCGUGCCUCGCGCUGGAAAGAGCCAGCUCGACUAUCUUAACCUGGACCAAUCCGGCUUCGACGCAUUGAAAGACGAAUUGAGCUUCCACUGGGGAGGCGAUCACAACAAUAGCCUAGGCCCCGGUUCACUACCUUACCAGAACGACAAACAGAUAAACGGACACGAUAAAAUUAUAACCAAUGGUGACGUCAAAUAUCCUACGAAAGACACAGAUGACUCGGUCGCCAAACCUCAAGUGAAUGGUGACACAGUACACGUAGAUUCAAACAAAACUAAAGCAACAUUCGAUUCCGAUGAGGAUAAAACACCAAUGAAUACUUUAGAGAAAGGUAAAAAGAAAGCAGAAGGAGGUUCCUUCUUUGGAGGUCUCGCAGGCAAAGUAAAAAAUGUGUUCAGUCACAGCGAAGACAAAGACGAGGAAACCCACGAAUCGUCACCAAAACCUCAGCCGAAGCCCAGGGAGUCUAAAGAAAAGAGCCCACCGAAACCUGCUCCCAGAGUUAUAAACGAGGACUUACUGGAUAAAGUUGAAGACAUGUUCAAGGAUCUUAAGCAGAAACCAGCGCAUAAGCAUGAUGACGAUUUGCAAAGUGAAGUGUAUACUACAAAGUUAGUAAUCAAUGAAAAUGACCGUCCUAUUAACGAAAUACAAGAGGAAGUUUAUAAUCAAUAUGCAAAUAUGCAACCAGUGGAAACGCCACAAUAUAAUAAAGUAAAAGAUCCAUUCCAGUAUCCUAAAUGUUGUGACAGUAAAUAUAAACACAGUCAUGAAGAAACGUCAAAUUUACAAGAUAUUAUAGAACACACAAACUUUGCAACGCACGAAAAAUUGCAGGAAGGCAGUGGUAGUGUAAAAAAUAGCUUAAACGAUGGCUUGGCUAAAUUGGAAAAAGAAAAGGAAAAUGUCAAACAGAAAGCAGAUGAAACUAAAGAUAAUGUUGUUGAGAAAUGUGAAAAAGUAAAAGAUGACGUGAACAGUAAAAAACAGCAAUUCGAAACAAUUCUUCAGGAUAAAGUGCAUGGUGCCCAAGAAAAAUUAAAUGAUCUUAAAGAAUCAGCACAAGAGGUGCAAGAUAAUAUCAAUGUUAAAGCAUCAGAUAUAUCUUCAAAGGUUGCUACUGAAUUUAAUAAUAUAAACUCUACCACAAAAGGUAACGUUGAUCACCUUAUACACACUGCAAGUGGAGUUACAGUAGAUUUAAAAGACAAAGCAAACGAAAUUAACUUUGCAGCUUUAGAAAGAGCAGAACAACUCAGACUUAAAGGAGAUGAUAAGUUAUCUGAGGCUGGAAAAAUUAUUGAAAAUAAAAGCAAUGAUCUCAAAAACAAAGCAGACGAUUUUGGAAAUCACAUUAAAACAAAAACUCGCGAUGGUAUCGAUGUUAUGGCGGAUUCCAUUAACAGUGUGAAAGAUAAUUUAAGUAAUACAGCUCAAGAAGUAAAGAGUGGAAUUAAUGAAGCUACUGUUAAGAUUGAAGACGAACUAAACCAAUCAGUUGACAAUGCAAAAGAAAAAGCUGCAGACCUCAAAACUAAAACUGAUAACGCAAAAGAUGACAUUAAAUCUGAAGUUAAAAAGAAGUCGAAAGAAGGCAAAAACUUUUUCACUGGACUUGUACAUAAUAUAUUUGGAGAAAAAGAUAAAAUUGAAGAUGAAGUUAAAGGGAAAAUUGCUGAAGGUAAGGAAUCGGCUAAAGAAUUAGCGCGAGAAGCCUCAAUCAAGAAGAAACAGAUUGAAAAAGAUGUUUUAAAAAAUAAAAAUGAAAUUAUAGAGAGUGCAGAACAGUUGGCUCGGAAUGUUCAUGACAAAAAAGAAGAAGUAACUAAAGCUAUUAGUGAUAAAAAAAGUGAAACAGAAAUGACCGUACGUGAUAAAACGGAGGAUCUGAAGAAAACUGCACAAAAUAAAACAGAAGAAAUUAAAGUAGCUACUCAAAAUGAAGUCAAUGAAAUUACAAAACAGGUCCAGGAUAAAAAAGACGAAGUGACUAAAGCUAUUAGUGAUAAAAAAAGUGAAACUGAAAAGGCUAUACGUGAUAAAACGGAUGAUCUAAAGAAAACUAUACAAGAUAAAACAGAGGAAGUCAAAGUUGCUACUCAAAGUAAAGUCGAUGAAGUUACAAAAGAGAUUCAAGAUAAAAAGGAAGAAGUAACUAGUGCCAUUCAAAAUAAAAAGGACAGUGUAGAAAAAUCUAUCCAUGAUAAAGCUAAUGAUGCUUUAACGUUGCUUCAAGAUACUAACAAUACAUUCCAUAGUGAAAAAGAAAAUUUGCAAACAAUUGCGCAAAAUAAAGUAGACGAAGCAAAACAGAACCUUCAAAAUAAAAGUCAUGCAGUUAUAAGGGCUGUAGAAAAUAAAACGGAAGAAAUAGAUCAAACAAUUAAUGAUAAGAGAGAUGAAAUAACCAAAUCAUUACAUGAUAAGAAAGAUGAAUGGGAGAAUGCCAUUCACGAAGACGCUAAUAACGCGCUCAAUGCCGUUAAAAAUACAAAAGAUGAAAUAAAAUCUGCUGUUCAAAAUAAAAACGUUGAGAUAAACGAAGCGCUCUCCAAUAAAAAAGAGGAAGCAAAAACAGAAUUAGAUAGAAUAAGAUAUGAAGCAGAGCAAACGACUGAAGAGAUAAAGAGAUCUGCUGAAGAUGCUUUGAAUGCUGCAGUUGAAAAGGGCAAAGACGGAUUUGACAGUGUUCAGAAGGCAGCUAUUGACAAUGUAAACAGUGUGCAGAGAUCAUCUAAGCAAGCGUUCGAUCACGUUCAAGAUUCUACCCUAGGUACUCUCGAUAAAGUCGAAAGUUCAGCUAAGGAUAAUGUGAAAGACGCUAAAGAUACAUGGGAAGAUCUGCAAAGUUCUACGCGUGACACGUAUGCAGAUUUUAAGGAUGAUGUUCACAGUUUGGGUAGUUCUGCGCAGGAUACUUUACAUAGUUUCCAGAGUUCUGCUGGUGAUACCUUUGAUAGCUUAGACGAUUCUGCGCGAGAGGUCUUUGGUGGAGUUCAAACUACGACUCAGAAUGCUGAGACUCGCUCCAAAGAGUUAUUUGGUGACUUAAAAGAUUCUUUUGAGGGUUUCCAAGUGUCUGCGGAUAAUAAGUUAGAGGAUGUCAAGGGCGCUGCUAAAAACACUUUGGAGGAGACUGAACAAAGGUUAGGCGAGAGUAUUCGUGGUACAGAACAGGCAGUUGUGGAUACAGUCACCACCGAAGCGGACAAAUUUACCAGCAGUCUCAAUGACUUGGGCAACUCUGUGUUCGGAUCUUCAGGCAAAGGAUUCAUGAAAGAUUCAAGUUCCAAAUUAUUGGAAUCCGAAAAAGCACAGUCUUCGCCGCACAAAAAGGGUUCAGGAAUACCGAAGCUAAAGCGGAAGAAAUAGACGGCGAACGAACGGCGAACGCAAAUUGUAUGAUAUAGUUGUUUAGUUUUAUUUAUUAUUGUUACGCUUUUUACAAUUAAGCGAUUAUUUCAAUCUAUUCCAAAAUAAAUAGCGACGAAUUAUUACUGAUUAGUAAUUACCUCAUAUAUUAAUUUAUUUUUCUGUGUAACAAAAAUUUUGAAUGAAAUAAUCGUUUUAUUAGUAGAUAGGCGCACUGUAUGUAACGUAACACGAUGUUCUAUAUAUAGAAGAGAUUAUUUGUAUGUUCAUCCGGAAUAGUCACUCCCAUAAAUUAAAUUAAGUAUUUUAUUGUGUAAAAAAUUUACUAUUUACAUUUUGACAACUGAUAACAAUUCCGAUUUCAAAGAAAUCAAUUUAUUAAAUGUUUUUAACUUAUAUACAUAUAUAAAUUAAAAAAAACAUUGAAUUUAAUGUUUAUUUAUAUUUAAUCAAUGAACGAAUCUAUUACAAUCUUGCCUAACUCAAUAUUAUAAUUUUACAAUGUUGACUUUUAAUGUAAAACUUAUUUUUGAAAUCUCAGUGACGAAAUUAUGUAACAUUUUAAUUGACGAAUGUGCAUUUUAAUAUUAAAAUUUAAGUAUUUAUAAUAAAUAGAUGUCACUAUCAAUGUUUUGUGUUGCAUAAUUUAUUUAAUUUAACAGUGUUUUCUUUAUAAAGUUUACGUAGCUUUGUACAGUUUUUGAUAUAUUUAGACAUGUUAUUUUGCGUGCAUGUUGCAACGCUGUCUCAUUUUUUUAUAAAUAACAUUUUUACUUUUAGACUCGCUUGAUCAAUAGAUCUGCUAGUUUAUUUUUAUUCUGUGGCACCAACACUACUGGCUACUGCAGUAUAUUCGAUCUACUUGUGUCACAAAACUACUUCAAUCAGUUGUACAAUAUUUCUUAAUUUACUAUGAAUAUUUUUUGUAACGAAAAAGAAAGUUAUAGAGAUAUAGUACAAGAAUUUAUUGCAAAAAUUUUAAGAGAUAUUAGUUUAUUGUCAAAGCUAUAUACAGGUAUAUUUUACCUGCAACGUCUCUCUAAAAAUUGUUACAUAAGGUAUUAUAAGAGAAUGUUCUCAAUUG